CUUGUACGUCUCGCCUUGUCAGACGUACGUACGAAACUACAGACGUUAGUAUCGUACAUAUAGACUUUCAAACUAGUUAAAAAUAAGCAAUUUCAUCUCAUUAAUCAGUGAAAGAUGAGACGAAAUAGUGUUACACAGAGGAAAAUCUCUGACGGUGGUCAAGUCCGAGGAUUUAGUGUGAAUAGUUACAAAAGAUGUGUGGCUGGUGGGGGCGGUCGUCGAAGAAAAUCUUCCGCUACUUCCAUGCGGACAUCAAUCUCCAGAAAAAUCUCCUCCUGUACCUCACCAUACACGUCCAAUUUCGGGCUGAGAGGUCUUUUUCUCAUACUCCUAGUUUAUUCUGGUCGUUGGACCAAUUUUUCAAAAUCUGCUGCCAGUGGUAGCGACAUGGCGUCACACUCUUCAGGAGAUGAGCUGACCUUCUUGGGCCAAGAUGGUCAUUUCGACUUGCGACAGGAUUCUCGAAUGUUUUCAUUUCGCAAUGAUCAUGGAACGGCUUCCAUCUAUCCACAGGGGUUUAUCAGGUGGUUUACAAUCAGUUUGAGCCUCGUUGUCACUUUGAUCCUCAUUACUUGUCUGGCUAUCCACUAUUUCUUGGUUGGAAACAAGGAUAAGUUUAUGUCGAAAUUCUCUCUGGCUGACACCACUACGUUUUCUACCACAACUACUGGACUGUUCCAACUACUUCUUGGUGGAUUUGCAUCAGAUAAGCAGAAGGCAGUCAAAGGUGAAAUUGUUCAGCGUCCAGUUAACUUCCAACAGAGAUUUGCCCGAACAACCGGGAUAAGUUUAACGAUUCCAAUUUCGACAAUCACACCACCAGACAGCUCGGUAGCCACCGUAUUAGACCAACCUAUCACUGCUACUAAGAUGCCGCUCCCAAAGUUUCUGACGCCCCGACCACAGGAGGACUAUGAAAACAAUAAUUCAAAAAUUCACACCCCUGAUCCUGGCUAUUCGUCAACCACACCUUCGGACACCCACUCGGGAUCAGUGUCCCCCAUCGGAUUCAGCAUUGGCGAUGCCUCUGACAGUGAAAGUGACCCCGAUGAUGUUGCCAAGCCCCAUGAUGAAGACAGGAGACAUAGCUCUGAUUCCAUCCGAGCUCAGACGCUGGAGACGGGAUUAAAAGAUUUGAACAUCGAGGUUAACAUUGAGCAACCACCCAGAUCUAUCGAAGAAUGUGCCUUAAUUUACAAGUCAGAUGAUGGAGCAAAACUUCUAACAGAUGCGGAGGUUAUUGCACUCGUUAAUGCCAAGCACAUCCCAGCUUAUCAACUGGAGAAGGCUGUAGAAGACCCAGAACGUGGAGUUAAUAUUAGGAGGAAACUUUUGGCUUUAUCAGGGGAGCAGUACUUCAAUGAAGGUCUUCCCUUUCAAAAUUAUGACUACAGCAAAGUUAUGGGUGCAUGUUGUGAAAAUGUCGUGGGAUACAUCCCAAUUCCAGUUGGCGUCGCAGGACCAUUCGUAGUUGAUGAUCAGUCGUACUAUAUUCCGAUGGCUACGACCGAAGGGUGCUUAGUCGCUAGCACCAAUCGAGGAUGUAGAGCGUUGGUGAACGGCGUCCAAACGAAGGUCGUAGGGGACGGAAUUUCUCGAGCACCGGUCGUCAGAUUCCCCACCGCCAUGAAAGCAUCUGCUGCGAUGUUGUGGUUAAAUGAGAAUGACAACUUUGCCAUCAUCAAGGACAGCUUUGACUCAUCCAGCCGAUUUGCUCGCCUUACAAACAUUCAUUGCAGAAUUGCGGGGCGCUUCCUGUUCAUCAGAUUUGUAGCAAAGACGGGAGAUGCGAUGGGAAUGAACAUGAUUUCAAAGGGAACGGAAAUUGCAUUGAAUAAAUUGCAACAAUUUCAUCCAGACAUGGAAGUAUUGGCCUUGAGCGGUAACGUGUGUACGGAUAAGAAACCUGCAGCAAUAAAUUGGCUACAAGGUCGGGGCAAGUCUGUGGUUGCGGAGGCCGUGGUACCCGCCCACAUUGUGGAGAACGUCUUGAAAACGUCAACAGCGGCGUUGGUGGAGGUCAACGUGGCGAAAAAUUUAGUUGGGUCGGCAAUGGCUGGAUCAAUUGGUGGAUUUAACGCACACGCAGCCAAUAUAGUUACAGCUAUUUACAUUGCGACAGGACAGGACCCAGCUCAAAAUGUUGGAAGCAGCAAUUGUAUUACUUUGAUGGAACCCUGGGGGGUUGGAGGUAGGGAUUUGCAUAUUUCGUGUUCCAUGCCGAGCAUCGAAGUUGGAACAGUUGGGGGUGGAACGUUUCUGGAUGCUCAAUCCGCUUGCUUGGAUAUGCUGGGCGUGAAGGGUGCAAAUGAGAACGCUGGACUAAAUUCCCAAACCUUGGCCAGACUAGUUUGCGCUACCGUGCUGGCUGGUGAGCUUUCGCUGAUUUCAGCAUUGUCAGCAGGUCAUCUAGUCCGUUCCCACCUAAAGCACAAUCGUUCGACCGCAAGUUUUAACGGCUCCGUUACACCAAUCGGAAGUCACGUCAAUUUGAACUUUGACAAGAAGCAAAAUAGUCUGUGUCCUGAUUCUGGAUCUGUACAACCACCCUGCUCUCUUGCCAUUAAAGCUCAGGCGGAGGAAUUGAAGCAGCAGAACAAUAAACCUCUCACAUCAAGACGCAGUCCCUCCAGAUCGCCUACAUUUACUAAACGAAAUCCUCCAGUUGCCUCCAGAAUCAAAUCAUCGAUGGAAUUUUUAGCAGGACCGGAUUGCAAGCAGACAUAACUAAAAACACUCAGUUUGGUUUAUUUGAUAUGUUUUAAUACAUUUGAUCAGCUUAAGAAGCAUACCAUUUUUUCAUAAGUUGGAGGCUUAUGCAUUGUAGAAAUAACAGUAAUUUAGUGUUAUAAUAAAAUAUUUGAAUAUUUGAAAUAUUUGGCCAAAGUAAUAAAACUCUACUGUGGAGCAUUAUCUGCAAAUUAA